GGAUAUCGUAUAUUGAGACAUAGAGGCAAGCAAGUAAUUCACGAGAUACAAAACGGAGUUGUCCGUAUAUUGUAUUUUGUAGCGAUCAAGAGAGACUAAGGCAGACAUGUGAGAGAGGAAAGGAUCCUAUAUACAAUUUAAUCUAAGAUCUCUGCUUCCUUCUCAUAUAUAUACUGCAUAUACACACAUAGUUCCCCUAUAUCGAAGAGAGUAGAAAUCAACCAAGAAAGCUCAAUACGAAAGGAAGAGGCUUAUAAUAUCAAGCAUAGAAGAAGAAUGGAUCCGAGGGAAAAGAAGAGAGGUUCUUUGAAAGAGAAGUUUCAAUUGCUUCGUUCAAUCACUAAUUCUCAUGCUGAAAACGAUACAUCGAUCAUAAUGGAUGCUUCUAAAUAUAUCAAAAAGCUUAAGAAGAAAGUUGAAAGGUUCAAGGGAGACACUACCGCAGGGCAAUCUUCAAGCGAGCCCACGGAUCCCACCAUACCAAUGGUAACAGUGGAAACCCUAGAAAAGGGUUUUAUGAUAAACGUAUUGGCAGGGAAGAAUCAACCAGGCAUGCUUGUUUCGGUAUUAGAAGCCUUUGAGGAUAUUGGGCUUAACGUUCUGGACGCUAGGGUUUCAUGUACCGACUCCUUUAGCUUGCAUGCCACGGGAGUCGAGAAUGAAGAUGGAGAAGGUAUGGAUUCCGAAGCAGUGAAACAAGCAGUGACAGAUGCAAUCAGAAGCUGGAGUGAAAGCAAUGAUCUACAGAUCAGCUAGAUUGACCCACAUUUUCUUUAAUUCUCUUUAUUAUAUUUUAUUUAUGCAAAAUUAUAAUAACACAAUUUCUAUAGUAAUUCUGCUUUUUUCUUCGUUUGUUCAUCUUGUAGCCCAUAAUUUUCUCCUAGAAAGGGGAUAAUGAAGAUAAAUCAAUUGUAUGUUACUGCUA